GCAUUUCCGGUUUCCAGACGGUCGCCUGAGCUGUGUAGUGAGACUUCCUCCACCUUUCUCCAUCUGUCUCGGGUUUUCUGUAACCGGGAUGUGACGCGUUCAAGGACCCGACGGAAAUAGAACUGAAGGCGUUCUAAAAUGGCGAAUAGGACAGUGAAGGAUGCGCAUAGCAUCCACGGCACCAACCCUCAGUAUCUGGUGGAGAAGAUCAUUCGGACGCGAAUCUAUGAGUCCAAAUACUGGAAAGAGGAGUGCUUUGGCCUUACGGCUGAACUUGUAGUCGAUAAAGCCAUGGAGUUAAGGUUUGUGGGUGGUGUCUAUGGUGGCAACAUAAAGCCAACUCCCUUUCUGUGUUUGACCUUGAAGAUGCUUCAAAUUCAACCCGAGAAGGAUAUCAUUGUAGAGUUUAUCAAAAAUGAAGAUUUCAAGUAUGUCCGCAUGUUGGGAGCACUUUACAUGAGGCUGACAGGCACUGCAAUUGAUUGCUACAAGUACUUGGAACCUCUGUACAAUGACUAUCGAAAAAUCAAGAGCCAGAACCGAAAUGGGGAGUUUGAACUGAUGCAUGUAGAUGAGUUUAUUGAUGAACUACUGCACAGUGAGAGAGUCUGUGAUAUCAUUCUGCCCCGGUUACAGAAACGCUACGUGCUAGAGGAAGCUGAGCAACUGGAGCCUCGAGUUAGCGCUCUAGAAGAGGACAUGGAUGACGUGGAGUCCAGUGAAGAGGAGGAAGAGGAGGAUGAGAAGUUGGAGAGAGUGCCAUCACCUGAUCACCGCCGGAGAAGCUACCGAGAUUUGGACAAGCCCCGUCGCUCUCCCACAUUACGCUACAGGAGGAGUAGGAGCCGGUCUCCCAGAAGACGGAGUCGGUCUCCCAAAAGGAGGAGCCCCUCCCCUCGCCGAGAAAGGCAUCGGAGCAAGAGUCCAAGACGUCACCGCAGCAGGUCCCGAGACAGACGGCACAGAUCUCGCUCCAAGUCCCCAGGUAUAGUAUUUGGGCCAUUUGAUAUUGGUUGUCUUAACAAAAAAAGGUAA